AUGCGCAAGUACCAGACCUCUAAAGGGAGUCGGCGAUCAUUGAUGGACGUCAUGAAUGAUGCGAAGACAGCGGAGAGAGAUCUACGGAAGCGGGCCACUGAGUUCAAGGAUACCGUAGCGGUAACUACUGAUCGUCCGGAAUAUAAACAUAAGCCGUUCUCCCAACGGCAUCUACCACCCAAGCCGGGUCAGGCCGAGAAUCGUGUCGCAUGCGUAGAAGGGUCAUCGAGUGCGGUAGAGUCUCCGUCCGAUCAUGAGACUGUUGGUCUUUGUCGUGCCUCAUCGAUAGAUGACGAUGGCGAUGAUUAUGUGGAAGAUGGCGAGGAUCCGUUCGAUAUAUUCUGCUCCCUCGGAACCGGUGCCCUGAUCGCAACUACUUGUGGUCAUGUGUCCGCCAAUUCGGAUGACACAGGUAUGCCUGCCCGUGAUUAUGAAGGGAUCCGGAGCGAUAUCGAAUCCCCUAGCGGGCAACCCUAUAAUCUGACGCGUUCGGUCAGUAUCAAGUGCGGUGACGAGCUCCUGGUUAGUCCACCAGAUGCUGGUAACCCGGUGACUUUGAUAAGACCCGAUGUGGCUACCAAGUUAAUUAAGGAGGGAUGUGCUCGUGGUCCUUAUUCCUUGAGGGGUACUGGCUUCAAACUCACUGGAGUUACUGGAGGUGAGGCGAUUACCGCGAAGACUUUCGUCGUCAUGAAGGUUCACCUGAAGCCACUGGGGUCCCAGGAGUAUUCCCUGUGUUCUUUCGUACAGGCAUUGAUCGCCCCGGGACUAACUCUGAAGUUCCUCAUCGGCAACAACACACUCCAUUCCUGGAACUGGCGUAGUUUCUGGAGGGGGGCCCCUAACCUCAUCGUUGUGGAUGUCGAAAAGCGAUACAAUAACAAUCUCGAUUCAUGUCUGAUCCCGAAGGAGUCUAUUCGUUCGGAAACAGGAGAACGUUGGAGAAUCGCACUACCCCUGGAGCGUAGUAUGGGAUUCCGUGAGAAGGCUCCUGACUCUCAAGAACAUGCGAAGGUGCUUUGCGGUGCUGUCACGGUCAUCCCGCAAGACGGGGUCCUACAGGUCCCGGUGACUGUUGGGGGCGUAGUCACUGCUGAGCAUCCCCUGUUGAUUACUCCCUCGCUGAGCUUGCUUCCGAAGGGCCUGGAGUUUCCCGAGUGUGUUGUAACUGUCGCGGCUGGCACCUACGCUGCCCGAAUACUAGUGCGUAAUCGUUCCGCAACGGAUCAGCUACUGGAAGCUGGGACGAUCUUGGGGGAGGCGACAUGUAUUGAGGAAAACUUCGACGUACACAACAUGGAGACCAUAACUCAUCGUGCUGCUCUCUAUCGCUGUUCAGAGCAGCGCAAGGCGUGUAUCGUUGUGGGGUAUCUUCCCACAACCACUGAGCGGCGCGUGGUGGUUCGAUUUCCUGGGGAAGAGAACGAACUACCUUUUGCGGUUGAUCCUUCGUAUAUCGGGAUCCCGGAGGAUGGGCGGGUAUUUGAAAGCGGCGAUGAGAGUACAGUGGUCUCUACCGGCUUGCCAAAGCCUCCACCAUUACAACAUCCCAUUGAAGAGGUCCAAGUAGCUCUCAUUGAAUCCGUAGUUGGAGAGAUACUCAAUCCGGAUGACCCAAAGCCCAAGCGUAUCCAUCGGCCCGCAAUUACCCGCAAACGGCAAGGAGGGCCUUCGAUGCUAUCAUGGAAUAUUAAUGGUUUGAGAGGUUUCUUGAAGUCCGAAGCCAAUGUGAGUUGUCUUAAUCGCUUGGUCCGCAACGAGUUACCCGCGAUCAUGGUUCUCACUGAGACUAAGCUUACGCAGGAGAAGAAAGACAGGGCUUUCACCAAGUUGCUAGACUCUCUUCCCGUUCGGUACGAUGUGUUCUCCGCUGAGUCGGCCGGCCGAAAGGGCUAUGCGGGUGUGGCGGUCCUUCUGAAAAGAGCAGUUGACGUUGGCUACGACGAUGGCCUUUGUCUUAUCCACGAGCCUAUUACUGGUAUACCGUCCCGGUUUUUUGAUGGGGAACAAGAUGAGGAGGAAGAUACUACAUCGGGUCGAGUUCUUACCAUAGAGUUGCGGCAAUGCACUCUCGUUGCCGUGUAUGUACCUAACUCCGGAGGUGACCUCCGUUUCCUGGAGUAUCGGUCAAAGUGGGAUGUGGCUUUCCGUCGAUAUAUGAAGUGGUUGCGGUCGCGGGCUGGAGAGAAGCCUCUAAUUAUAGCUGGCGAUCUCAAUGCGUGUGGAUCUGAUCUUGACAUUGGUGAUACUCGAAGGGAGGCGCCACAUAGUCCAUCGAUUCAGCCGUGCGAGGUUGAGGCUUUUGAGAGACUGCAGCGAGAAGUAUCUUUAUGCGAUACAUUCAGAAUCGUCCAUCCCGAAGUAGCUGGCGUUUACAGUUUCUAUUGCAAUGCGUAUGAGAAGAAGCUUAACUUCGGUAGGCGGAUUGAUUAUAUCCUUGUAUCCUCCGAACAGAGCGAUUGUGUCGUAGACUCUACUGUGUUUUACGCGGAGUUCGGUUUGGGGUACCGACCUGAUCAUUGUCCGAUACUUGCCGAGCUUCGACCCUCUUUCUGGGGGGCCACGGAUGUUGCAGUUCAAUGCGGAUCGAACGAUAUCAUAGGCCAUUGCUCAUUCGACGGGGAGUGUCACCAGGCUGCCGUGGAAACAUUCGUUGGCCAGAAAGAGUCCCAAACGGGAUCGGAUGAGCAGUUCGAAGAACAGCGGGAGGUACGAUGUCGCCUUAUGCGAGAACUUAUUGCGGGAUUGAGAUCUAGUGAGCUUCCUCCAUCGACUCUUCUCGACUUGAUAGCACCACUCCUCUACAGCGACGAAGUCGACCUCGAAGAAGACGCUAGAACUUGCGGUCUGUACAACGCCGUGAGUGCUAUGGUAUGCGAUGUAGAGGCGAAAUGUCAAGGAAUGGUGCGAUCUCACUUGCAUCUUGAUGAGACCUGCGUGGCGGGUAACUCGACAGAGAAGGCCCGGUUAGAAGAACUGGUUCUGAGGCAUUGGGAUGUAUUUGAUUAUGAGGGCCGUGAUCUUCCGGAGAUGACUGGGGUGUUUCAUGAGAUACAGCUGUCUCCGGGCGCCCAUCCAGUCUACUGUGCACCCUACCGUAUGUCACCCGAGCAGAAGCAAGCCCUGGAGGAGCAUGUCAAGGACCUUCUCUCCCAGAACCUUAUCGAGCCGUCCCAGAGCGAGUGGCAGUCCCCAGUCAUGUUCAUCGCAAAAAAGGGUGGCGGCUGGAGGGUGGUCCAGGACUUCAGAAGACUGAACCAGCUCACGGAGAUCCCUCGGUACCCGCUUCCCCUGGUUGCACAAGUGCUUGAUGAGCUCAGUUCGUCGAAGAUAUACUCUGCCUUCGAUGCCAAGAGUGGAUUCUGGCAGGUGCCAUUGGCUUCAAAGUCGAGAUAUCUCACCGCGUUUGGGACGCAUGUGGGCCAGUUCCAGUGGAGGAGGAUGCCUAUGGGACUAGCGGGCAGUCCUCCGACUUAUCAGCGCGGCAUGAAUCGUGCUUAUGCUCCAAUCUUAUACCGGUGCUGUAUUCUCUAUUUGGAUGACGCGGUCCUGUACUCGCUGCUGAGGGCAGGCCACUUCGAGGCAUUAGAAUUAUUCUUUGAUUUGACUCGAGAUGCCCACAUCACGCUGACUGCGAGGAAAAUGCAACUCUUCCGCACAACUCUGAAGUACGUUGGAAUGCGUAUAUCUGCCGAAGGCGUUCGUAUGGAUGAGGCUAAGGUGAAUGCCAUACUCGACAUGCCGCUGGGACGAGACUCCCCACUCAAGAAUAUCCGGAGUUUUCUGGGGAGCACCAAUUAUUUCCGGAAGUGGUUGAAGGACUAUUCUCGCGUCACCGCGCCAUUGCGAGCGGUUCUCAAGAAGGACGGCGUUGGUUGGGACAACGAAUGUGAUAUCGCGGUCGCCGAACUCAAGCGGUUGUUGACCUCUGACCCUCUCCUCGUUUGGCCGAAUUUCAGCAAAGAAUUUGAGUUGCACACGGAUGCAUCUGAUGUUGGGUAUGGAGGAGUUCUGAUUCAAAGGGACGCGGAGCACAGAGAGAGAGUGAUCGCUUACGGCUCGAGAGCCGUAGGUGAUCUUGAGAGGAGUUGGACCUCUCAGGAGAAGGAAUGUUACGCUGCCGUCAUAUUCGUCGAGGAGUUCCGGCCUUACCUGCAAGAUAGACCCUUCAAAUUGGUCACUGAUGCUGCAAACUUGCGCUGGCUGCUGACUACCGAACACACCACGCCGCGUCUGAUGCGUUGGGCUAUAAGGCUCUCGGCAUACGGCAUUGAGAUUGUACAUCGGGAAGGGAGACUGAAUGCGGUUGCUGAUAUGCUGAGUAGAGUCUCUCCCAAGCCGCUAGAGGGGCAGGGGGGCUCGACCGUACCCGUCGAAGUGGCGACAGUUCAGGAGGGCAGCGGGAUGGCAGAGAAGACAUCCGAGUAUCUCGAGGCUCUAGAGGACCCGCGUGCGGAGGUUGUACUGGUAUCCGGACCGGCCGGAACGGGAAAAUCCAUGCUGGCUUGUGAGGCGGCUGCCAAAUCGCUCGACAGGGGCAGGGUUAAAAGAAUCAUCAUAACGCGACCCGUGGUGCCCGUUGGUAGGGAUAUCGGAUAUGUUAAGGGAAGCGUCGCGGAGAAGAUGGCUCUCUGGGUGCGCCCGCUCCUGAGUUACCUCUCCCGGUUUUUGUCGGAGGGGAGGGUGAAGGAGUUGCAAGCGGAGGGCAGCAUACAAGUCAUACCGAUCUCGAUGAUCCGUGGUUACUCUUUGGACGACACUUGGCUGAUACUCGACGAGGCUCAAAAUUGCUCGGCGUCGGAAUUAUGGGCCGUGCUCACUCGCGCCGGAAUAGGAAGUCGGAUGGUGGUGAUCGGUGAUAUGGAGCAAUGUGACGUGUCCCGCGACAGCUCGGGGUUUCAGGAGCUUCUCAACAAGGUUGCUAAACUCGGUCCUGAACCACCCCUUUCUAUCCGAUCAGUGGUAUUGACGAAGGCCGACUGCAAGCGGUCCCCGGUGGUGAAACUACUACUAGAAUUGAAGGAUCGUGUUAUAGCAGGUGUGGUCGAAUGCUGUGAGAAGAUUGACUAUAUUGGUUAUGAUGACUUGCCAUCCAGUGCGAACCUAUUGUUACAGGAGUGGGUUGGACAUGUGUGCGGUGUGGUUCCCAUCUCCAAGAGUCACCUUGGGAUGUCACCAGAAACCUGGACUGUUCGGCGUCCGCUAAAAGCUGUCCUCGCGGCAGUCAAGCAGCUCCAUCCCAGUGUUACAUUUGAGGCUGUUAGGAUUGAACGUGGAGGUAUUCGUCUGGUUAAGUGCCGCGGUGUUGUAGGUAUGGAGACUGCAACGGCCGCCCUGGAUAUAGGCUUUCCGCUUUCUAAGGAGAUUGAUGUGUCUUCAUCUACAUUCCUACCGUUGCUCGCCCCCGAAUUGGUAGAAUGGAUUGGGCCGUUACUCGUGGAGGAAGUUGAGGAGGCGUUAUCGAGUUAUACUUGCUUUACCGGUAGCGAGGAUCCUGACGACGUCGCUGUCCGUAAGGCGGCAGAAGCGAUGGUUCAUCACAAACCGGUGCGUAGGCUACAACCAUCUCCGUCGGCAUCUCGAACUCGGCGUCAAGCAGCCUAUAGUAAUCCCUGCCAGAAGUACGGCUGUACUAGGACUGCCGAUCUCUCGGAUGGUAUAGAGCGCCUCUGCAAAUACUGUGUGGAUCUCUGUAAGAAUGAUACCUGCAGGCGACCGCGUGCUACUGGCUCGCUCUACUGUACGAGCUGCAAGAGAAAUUUCAGCGAAGGGGAUGCCGAGUGUGAGGGAUUACAAGCUGCAAUAGAUUAUGAUAAUCCCGGGGUGCAGGAGGCUGACGAUGGCGAGGUUCCGGAAGGAAUUCAGCAGUCUUUGGACGCAUCAUUACUCGCGGACCUUCGUCGUCGCGAUCCUUCAUCGGAAACGCUCCGAUAUGUGAAGCAGUUGCAAGAAGAGGAUCCGGAGAUUGGACCCCUCAUCAAGUUCCUCAACGGUGACACUGCGGGACUGACCAAAGAUACGGUUCUUAAGAUCCGAGCGAAGGCGGAGCGACAUUAUUUAGACCAGCUCUUGAAGCGCACGCAGUAUGAUGAGUCGCUCGACACAAUCUUCCAUCAAAUUGUGGUUCCCCAAGCCCUACGUGCCUCUCUUCUUGACCUCUACCAUAAUGGGCUCGAAAGCGGCCAUCCUGGUCGGUAUGGGAUGUAUAAUAUGCUGAGGAGACAGUUCUACUGGAAGGGCAUGUGGCGUGAUUGCUCUGAUUACGUCCGCCGCUGCAUAACUUGUCGUAGUAUCAGGAGGGGGCCCUCGGUUUACGGUAAUGUGCAUCAACAUUCACGUCAUGUUGCUGCUGCGAUGCAACGGGUGGGUAUUGAUUUGGUUGGCCCAAUUCAUUUACCUCAGUACACUCCGCAGGAUCAGUCGGCAUUCCCUCUUUAUUGUUUGGUUAUGUUAGACGUCUAUACUGGAUGGUUGGAAUUGGCUCCACUUUACACUAAGGAAGCUAAGGAGGUGGCACAAGCUAUCGUGGACAAUUGGAUAUUGCGACAUGGCCCAUUUUGUGAACUACUGUCGGAUCGAGGAGGAGAAUUCCUGAACGAUGUUAUGGGCAGCAUCUGUCGGACCCUCAACAUAACUCAUCUCGUGUCCUCGGGGCACCGGCCCCAGACUAAUGGGUGCACAGAGCGUAUAAACCAGGAGUUGGUGCGCAAACUCAAGAUCUGGGCUGAGGAGUUCGGAGGGGAGUGGUGGCGAGCCUUGCCGGUUGUCCAGCAUGCUCUACGUGUUAUUCCGAGACGAGAUUGUGGGUUUUCCCCAUUCGAGUUGUUAUAUGGUCGUAUCCCUCAUACUAUGCUCGAUCAGAUGUUACAAGAUGUGCUGUCCCAGGUGAAGCCCGAAGUUGAUGAUUAUUAUAUUAAAUUGAAGCGCACGCUUACGAAAAUCCGUGAACGUUUUGCUUCGGUGCGCAGCUUCUCUCAGGACAGACGGGAGGAAGAAUGGAAUGACGAAUCCCGAGUAGAGGAUUUUCCUCUCGGCUCCCAUGUCCUAUACUAUCGUGAGUUGGGUGAUAUGCGAGGAGGAUCCUCAAAGUUGGUUCGCCGUUGGCAUGGACCUUAUGUUGUGGUGAAGAAGCUGAGUGCUGUCAACUACCUGCUCGCUGAUAGUCUGGAUCCUGGGAGUGUCUGGCUCGAUUCGUUUGUGGCUCAUACCAACUAUAUGGUCGACUGUCCUGAGGAUAUGAGAGGUUAUUAUGAAAAGCGAUACAGUCUACCACCACCUGCGGAUUUUUGGGAUUUCAAUGUCAUUCCCGACUCUGUGGGAGUGGGUACGAUUCUUCUCGUCGCCGGUUCCACUGACGACCGAAAAGUCUGGCAUGUUGGGCGUGUCAUUGAGAGGCAUGCUGAUAAUGGCCGACUCCUAUUACAUUUGCAUGACUUACCGAAGGAUUCCAAGGCGCCCUGGCACGGACCAUUCCGGCCCUCUUAUCGGCACCGUUUGAAUGGGGGAGUCUUCGUGACGGUGGGAAAGGUUAAUGGUCGCACUUUCCGUAUGCGAGUAUGUGAGGUACUCGGCAACAAUAUUAUGCAUGUGGAUGCUCUAGACUCUCGCGGGUAUCUUCGUGCCUCAGCUGUUGCCGAUCUCGAGAUCUACGGUCUGCAUUCGGGGCGGUCACCCACCACCUCCCCUCUGUGA